UCAUCCGUUAACUUUCCUUGACUUGCACUUGCGCUGAAUGAUUAUCGAUAACAAGAUCCAAAGUUCAACACAAAACAUCACAUGGACAUAGUUGUAAGAGCAGCAUCAUGUAUUUGAAAACGUUUUCCAGCAGAGUUUUGUUCAAAUGUUUUAAUCUCGGUGUCGUCGCCUCGAGCAAACCGCUCAGUGCACGCGAUGCAGCCGCUGCCGUGCUGGUACGGAGGUCCGCGCGGGGCUAUAACAACAACGGGAAACACAGGUAUCCAGGGCCGGCCACGGCGGCCCGCGGCCGGGUUGUGGACCUCCGCAGCGACACGGUGACCAAGCCCGGUCCGGCGAUGAGACAGGCAAUGUCGGAGGCCGAGGUUGGAGAUGACGUCAUGAAGGAAGACCCGAGUGUUAACGAGUUACAGCAAAUUGCAGCAGAUAUGUUCCGGAUGGAAGCUGCACUGUUCGUUCCCUCUGGAACCAUGAGUAAUCUCAUCGCAGUGAUGGUGCACUGCAGGGAGCGGGGCGACGAGAUGAUUGUGGGCGAUCUGUCCCAUUUACACAUCUAUGAGCAAGGAGGGAGCGCACAGAUAGCUGGUGUCCACUCCACCACAGCGACCACUCUCCCUGAUGGAGCAUUUGACUUGGAGGAGCUGGAAUCAAAGAUCCGCCAUGAUUACCCCGACCCCCACUACCCCCGCACACGCCUCAUAUGUGUGGAAAACACACACAACGUCAAGGGAGGUCGUGUGCUGCCUCUGACCUUCCUGCAGGAGGUUCGUGCUUUGGCAGAUAGAUACGGUCUGUCAGUUCACAUGGAUGGAGCCAGAGUGAUGAACGCUGCUGUGGCCCAGAGGGUGGCUCCAUCCACCAUACUGCAGCACACACACACCGUCAGUGUGUGCCUCUCCAAGGGUUUGGGUGCCCCCGUGGGGACCGUGCUGGCUGGACCCCGAGACUUCAUAUCCAAGGCAGUGCGAUGCCGUAAAGCUCUGGGUGGGGGGAUGCGACAGGCUGGUAUACUAGCAGCAGCUGGAAAAAUGGCUUUACUGGAGAUGGUUGAAAGACUGGAGGAGGAUCACCGUAAUGCAAAAACCUUUGCUCAAGCUCUGCUCGACUGCGACCCUCCUCUAUUUGCUGUAGACAUGGCUGCCGUGGAGACCAACAUUGUGCGUUUCCAUCUACAGCCCAGUUUCAGCCCCUCUGAGUUCUGUGACCGCAUGGGUCAGGUUGGCGAGGGAGAGGAGGCAGCACUGGGACAGGGGAUACAAGUUCUCAUGUACCCUUAUUUUGGAAAUUCAGUACGGGCCGUAUGGCAUCUCGGGAUUUCCCCUGAAGAUACCCAGCUGGCCAUCCGGAAAAUGCAGUUUGUGGCUUCUCAGUUCUUGAAGGAAAAAGUAAGGGCCCAGUGAAACUUCAUACUUCCUAAGGUGUGUUGUCUAAUAUCUAGGACUGAUCUGAGUACAUUUUUUCAGUCUAACCACAAAGAGAUGUCAAACACAACACACAUACUGUAUAACUGGAGUCCCUUUGGAUAUCUUUAUAUUAGUAUUGAUUUCAUUCAAUUCAUUUAA